CCUUUCAACAAGAUGGGGGACAAGAAGUAUGUCGAAUGUUCUGAAAAAAUUGGGUCUUGGCCACGCGAUCAGCACUUUUGAACAUGAGAAAAAAUAACCCCCGACAUUGUUUGCAAACUUUCAACUAAAAAUCUGGAAACUCUUGGGAUUAUUAACCCCUCUGACAUGAUGAAUUUACGACAACAAUGUUCAACUUAUGGAGGUCAGAAACCACCAGCAGUCCAAACCGGAAUGGGUAGCUCCUAUUCGUAUGAUAUACCAAAGGAGAUGCUGGAAUCGUUUAUAGAAGAAGGGUUUUCCAUAGCGGAGAUUGCAUUGAUGUUUUCAGUAUCAGAGAGCACUAUAUACCACAGAAUGAGAAGCUACAACUUGAGCACACUAAACGUUUCUGACAUCUCUGACGAUGAACUCGAUGUACAUAUGGUAAACAUAGCCAAUGGAUUCCCCCGCUGUGGUGAAACAAUAGUAAAAGAUGAUUUACAUAUAGCAGCAUUGCAUCAUGUUUUCAAACCCGAAAUCAACAGAAGAAUGGAAGUAUGGAGAUCAGCAUGAUCUAAUUACAGAAUGCGUACCUCAAAGUCAAGUCCUCUUAGGAUGUGGAUUAGUGGUCAAAUGCAAAACCCACUUGGAAUAGAAGUCACAGAGGAGGAUAUUUUCUAUUACGGUGUUGAAGGAGACUGCAGAGACUUUUCAGCCGAAGAGGAUGAACGACUUAUUUUGUGUCCACCAUCAUUUGCACUUUUACCUGCUUGUCAGGAAAUGCUCAAUUCAGCUGUACUUAAAGUAGAGUGUUCUUCAAACUAUGGAAUCGAUGAGUACCUACAUGCACUAGAUAUCAUAAAACAGUUUCAUGCUGUAGCAUAAAAUACAUUUAAAAAUUCUCAAAAAGGCUCGGGCAUGAAUCUUAAAAUGCAAGCCACUUCAGGAUAUCGGUGCACAAGUGUGCAAUCCGGGACUUUACAUGAUGAUGAUUAAUGAAUGAUUAAUGAAAAGGGACUUAACCACGAAGGGAGUGUGCUUCUUCGGUAUUUCUUUCAGAGAAAUGUUUUCAUGAGCGAACAAUCACUUUGUUCAAGUAUUACAUAUGCCUGGGCAUGAGUACACGCUCUCAGAGUGUAUAGUUUAAAAUAUAAUGGUAUUCAAAGAGUUUAUGGAAAGAUAAAUAACACCCCCCUAAAAA